UUCCUACCAGAAAAAAAAAAAAAAAGAAGACGAAGACCAACUGCAUUCAUUCUCUCUGUUCCUGUUUUCUUUCUGAGAUAGUUUUUGAGUAAAGCUUUUACUGGGUUUCUAAGUUAAGCUUCCUGCGUGUGAGUGUGUUUCUGAGUAAAGCUUUUACUGGGUUUCUCAGUAAAGCUUCCUCUGUGUGUGUGUGUGUGAGUGAGUGUGUGAUGGGAAAGUUGAGUUUGGAUUUGCCACCUGGGUUCAGAUUUAGUCCAACGGACAAGGAGCUCAUCGAACGCUUCCUGAAGCGAAAGAUCACAGGGAGUGAUAAAGAUAUUUACUUUGUUCCCGAAAUUGAGUUUUAUAAACUGGAGCCCUGGGAUAUACAGCAUAUAUGUGGGAUAGAUACAAAGGACCAAGAGUGGUUCUGCUUCAAUGCACAGAGCCUGAAUCAGAAUGGGAAUCGGAAGAACAGGACAACCAUGGAAGGGUUCUGGAAAGCAACUGGUAAAGAUAGGGAAAUCAAGUCCAGAGGGAGUUUAAUUGGAAUGAAAAAGACUCUAGUCUACCAUAGAGGGCGUACUCCUAACGGAGAAGGGACCAAGUGGGUGACGCAUGAAUACCGCACAACCCAGGAUGAGUUUGAUGGAACACACCCUGGUCAGAAAGCCUUUGUCCUCUGCCGCUUAUUCAAUAAUGAAGAAAAGAGUAACAAAGGUGGAUCUGUGAAGUCUAAGCCAGCACUGGCUCCUCCAUCUCCAGCAUUAGAAGUGCAAGUUGAAUCUCAUCAAACAAGUAUUCAGUCUUGUUAUUCUGAAAUUUCUGAUGAAAUGAUGUCUGAUGUUGCAAAAAAUCAAGCAGCAGAAGUGACAACUACUGAGGUUGGUUUUAAUCUGGAGCAAUCUUCGAAUAUGUUCAAUGUCCUGUACCCUGGCGACUCUCCACCAAGUUUAUCCCCCAUCGCUCCUGACGUUUUGACUCCCAAUAUCUCUGAGGAUUCAACUCUUAUUAAUCCUCUUAAUAAUCCAGAUGAGUUCUUUCAUAACACAUCUUGCAGUCAAAAUAAUCUUGCUGUUGACAAUGAGACCCUGAAAAACAUGGCCUCUUUUAAGGACAAUGGGUCAUGCAGUGGGUCAGAUGCCAAUGCACAGGUUGACCAGAUAACUUCCGUUACACCUGCUGUUUCUUCUCCUACCAUAGCCGAAGCUUCUCUUAAUGAAGCAGAGUCUAUGCUAGCACCAGCUUCAGUGCCUCAAGAAUUAGGCAGUGGAGCUGACAAUUAUCCCCCAAGUUUUCGAUUUUCUUGUGCGAAAAAUUCUGAUGGAAUAAUAUCAAACACUAAAACACCCAUUGAGUACAAGAACAAUGGUUAUAAUACUUCUGUUGAUAGAAAUCAAGCGGAAGUAGUCAUAUCUGAUGAGGUGGAGGCAUGCUCGAAUAUAUUCUCCAUCUCACCAGAGCCACUAGUUAGCAACGUGUAUUCCCCAUUUCACUCUCAAGUGCAAGCAGAGUUAUAUUCUUCUUGCACCUAUCACCCUUCCGCCAAUGAUCGUCAUUGGGGGGUGUAUGACCAAUAUGGCACGAAUGAGCCAGAUCCCAUUAUCUUUGAGUCCUGGGAUUCAAUUUAUAAACCAGAUGUGUACUUUCGUAAUGCAUCUUUGAGUCAAAAUAAUCUUGCUGUUGAUGAUGAGAACCUGAAAAACAUGGCCUCUAUUAAGGACAAUGGGUCAUGCAGUGGGUCAGAUGCCAAUGCACAGUCUGAGCAAGAGUAUCAAGGUUUGGUGAGGUUUGAAGAGGUCAUCAAGCCAAAGGUUUCAUCAUCUCUGUGAGGGUCUUCGGAUCUGAUCAUAGGAUCUGGUUGAAGAUCAUAAAAUUCUACAACUAAAAAAACGUCAAUGAUUUAGGUAGAUAAAUAAUUAUUAAUAUUACUUAAAAGACAAAGCUAAAAUCAAAAGAAUUAUUAAUCUUUCUAGGAAAGAACUUAUAAGAAAAAAAGGUUUUUCCUCGGAAAGAAUAAAAGAAUUUUUAAUACUCUUUGAAAACAAAGCUGUAAAACUCAAAAGAAUACUCUCUGUUUUUUGAAGCCACAAGAAUACUGUUUCUUAAAUCGCUCAAAACAAAGAUUAAAUAUUCUUUGAAGACAAAGCUAAAACUCAAAGAUUUAUUAAUAUUCUCUGAAGUCUAGUAUGUAUCGGUACGUCCCACCAAAAUUCUGGGGAUUUUGCUGAAAAUGGGAACUCUGCCUCUUCCCACUUACAUUUGCAAACAUUCUCCAAAGACUCUUUUGAAGAGAUUCACUCUUUUUCAACUCAAACAGACUUGGAGUCUCUUUGAGAGACUUAUAGCCUUCUCCAAGUCAAACAGAGUUAAUAGUCUUCUACUCUUUUUCGAACCACAGACCCAUGGAUUGUUACUCUCCCCCACAAUUUGGGUUGGGAUUGUUAAAGUCCUAAGGCCCAUUUGGUAAGAGAUUUCUAGUAACAUUUAAGUUUUGUGGGUUUAUGUGUGGGUGAAAAAGUGUGUGGAAAUACGUAUUACGGUAUUUAAACAAUAGUUUUCGUUGUUUAAAUGCCAUUUAAAUCGUUGACGUUGUAAAAUAGUAGAAUUAUGAGAUUCAAGAUCCUGAUCAAGAUUUUAAAAGCCUCCAGACAGACUCCGUUACAGAGACAAACAGCUAUGGUAGAUUACUGUACCGUCACUUUUGUGUAUAAUGUUGAUGAGCACUGGUAAUGCGUCCUUAGUUGCUGGUGAUGUCAACGAAUUCUAUAUGUAUAUAAUGAAUUAAGCUAUUGUUUGGAAUUAGUAUGAGGAUUUAGCAACUACGAAAUUGGAAGCAAGGCUUCAUUGUUGUUAAAUCUGUAUGCAGUAUAUUAUGUUCAACAGUACUGAUAAUCGUUUACUUUCUGUAUGUAUAUAAUGAUAUGUACUCUUUAAGUCA